AUGAAUCUGCAUCUAUGCACAGAUCAUCAACUUAUUUUGAAGAUUCCUACUUCAAUAGUAGAUUUAAUAAAGAAUGCCCAGCCCGGAGAACAAAUAGGAUGCCUCUCAAUAAAUAGUGAUGGUUUAGGAGAAUGGCAAAUUAAGAAUGUAAAGUUAACUGAAAUAGGUACUAGUUCAAAUAGUAAUGUUGAUGAUAAGUUUAAUAUAAAUAGCAAAGCUUCAAGAAAUACAUCUCGCAAUGGCUACUUAUUUAUGAAUUGUAUAGAUGAAUCAGGCGAAAAAAUGAUUAUGUAUCCAUCUACUAUAUAUCCUCUAAAAAGAUCAGGUAGUAUAGUAAAUGAAGACAUAAGGAAGAAAAUAAAGGAAAAUACAUUAAAGCAGAAUUCAACUAUUGAGGAUACUAAAAGAAUUGUUGGUGCAGUUUAUGAAUCAUCAUCACAACCAUUUCUUUACUAUAAUAAUAAAUCAUCUACAGAUUAUAAUUCUAAUAUGGAUGAUCAAAGAAUAAAUAUAAGUACCACAAUAUCUACUAAAAAAAGACAAUCAUCAAGUUCUAAUAUAAAUAUUUCAGAAUAUAAUAUUGAAUCACUAAAAGAACAUAUAUUCAAGAUAUUUGAAGAAAAAGGUAGUGAAGGUGUAUCAAUAAAAGAAAUUGAAGAUAGGACACUUCAGCCAAAACAAUUAGUUAAGAAGGUUGUAGAAGAAAUUGCUUAUCAAACAGCUAGAGGUGGAAGACGUCAUAUAUGGUAUCUUAAAUCUCAAUAUACCACAAAAUGA